UGCUUUUCAUGAUCAUUAUCUGGGUAACCAAAUCUCAUUAAACGCACGGUAAGCUUCGUGAAAAGAUAAAAGGAAAACGGGGAUCGAGGAGGCGUCGGCGUGAAGCGCCUCAUGGUUUUGUUGGGAGGCCAAUGGAUCGUCCCUCUGCGAAUGCUCCUAGAUCGAGUUUUUUGACGAUUGGGGAGAGGCUAUGCACGGCGUUCAUCCCGUUCAUAGCCAUCGUGGAGGCGCUCAUCUACGUCGUCACGGAUUGCUUCGACCACCGUCCCCCGGCCGCCCUCGCCCGCAUCUCUCGCAAUAAGACCUUCCGCGACCUCGCCCGCCUCGCCGACGACUCCGGUUGCUUUACGGUGAACGAGGUGGAAGCGUUGUUCGAGCUGUACAAGAAGUUGAGCAGCUCCAUCAUUGACGACGGACUCAUCCACAAGGAAGAACUUCAGCUAGCACUUUUCAAGACUCCAUCUGGCGAAAAUCUUUUUCUUGAUAGAGUUUUUGAUCUUUUUGAUGAAAAGAAAAAUGGUGUUAUUGAAUUUGAGGAGUUUAUCCAUGCACUCAGUGUCUUCCAUCCAAAUGCUCCUCUGGAUGACAAAAUUGACUUUGUUUUCAGGUUAUAUGAUUUGAGACAAACUGGGUACAUUGAGCGUGAAGAAGUUAAGCAAAUGGUGAUUGCUAUCAUGAUGGAGUCAAAUAUGAAAUUGUCCGAUGACCUUCUUGAAGCCAUAAUAGAUAAGACUUUUGCAGAUGCUGAUGCUGACAGGGAUGGUAAAAUUAACAAAGAGGAAUGGCAUGAGUUUGUCCUGCGACACCCUUCUCUUUUGAAGAAUAUGACUCUUCCUUAUUUGAAGGACAUCACUACGGUGUUCCCCAGUUUUGUCUUCAACACUGAGGUGGAAGAUUAAAUCAAGUUUACACAAAUCUUGGGUGCAACGAAGAGUAUGGCUGACUGUCAUGGUGGAAGGCGUUGGACGCCAUCGAAGAUGGGCUUUCACCCUCGAUAAGCUAUUAAUAAUAAUCAAAGAACUGCCCUUUGGGAAGAGAUAUUGAUGAGAUCGGAGCAACGCACUGCUUAUCUGUUCUAACCUGCAAGCUGCAUGCGAUACCAGCUUGUUUGCGCCACUCAAAUUCUCUGGUCAUGCACUGCCAUGCUUGCGCCAUUGGUUCUUCCGUAAUGUACAGAAUUCUAUAAUUCGUUGCUGUAAUUUACAAUUAGAUGCCAAUUCAAUUAUCAUUGGUACAUUAUUUUGUUGCCUAUUUCGCAUAGCAAGGAGCUGAGAAGUUGAGGUAGCAUUCGUGAUGAGAUUGGGGGAAGGUGUAUCUGCAGAUUGUGCUAGAAGUACUUUUUAUUACGGAUUUUGAGUUCCUCCAACCUCCCCUACAAUCAGAAAAA